UCUUCCUUUUUCUGCCAUACAUUGUUACAAUAUCCAGCCCAAAGGGAGCUUCUGGCAUUUUCUCAGGGUUUCUUUUCAUUACUUACAAAAGACAGUGAUUGCAAAAGGCUGUUUCUAUCUACAACGUCUUGUGGUCACCAUUCUGCCUUAAUCUUUGCAUUCCAUUCAGGCUGUUUGGACAGCAGAGAUCAGCCUGUGAGUGAGCUAGCAAACGUAGGGAGAUUAGAGGAAUCUGACAUCUGCUUACAGUGGGAGCAGCCUUCAACUGAAUUGUGUAUGUAAACCUGCGUGAAAGGGUUGUCUACAGUCCAGAUACUGUAAAAUCUCCCUGUUCUCCCCACAACUACCCUGAUCCACAGCUGCCAUGAAGAUGGAGCUUAGCUCAUUUAUUGAGAAGAUAAAAACAGGGGACCAGGAUACAGUCUACAGAGCACUGCAGGUCUUCAACAGGGAGAAAUCACAGUGCUUUACUUUUGAAGCAGAAGCUGGACAGGAAAGAGAGAGACUGGGAAGGCUAGUAAUCAAGUUCCUUGAGCGGGACCUACAACCAUCCUGCAAGCUAGCAUGCCUGGAAAGUGUCCGGAUUCUUUCACGAGACAAGGCAUGUCUUGGGCCCUUCACAACUACAGAAGCCAUUCAGACACUUGCAAAGCAUGCUGGAAUUGAAUUUGCAGAGGAAUUUGUCAGUGAAGUUAUGGAUCUGGAGGUGAUAGUUGAGGGCCUGAAAUGCCUCUGUAACAUUGUUUUCAACAGUCCUCAGGCACAAGAGAUCAGUGCUGAAGCAAAACUGGUAGUGGGGCUGACUGAACGCUUGAAACUUUACAACAACAGAAGACUGAGUCAUGAAGUCAAAUUCUUUGACCUGCGCCUGCUGUUUCUUUUAACAGCCCUACGAAUAGACAUCCGCAGACAACUUGCUCAUGAGCUGCGAGGUAUUAGCUUAUUAACUGAUGCCUUAGCAAGAACACUGGAUAUAAUGUGGACAGACACCUAUGAAGUGGCAAGCGACAGUAGCAGCAGCACCUUGUCCCGUCAGGAUGCAGAAUGUGCCAUGGAAAUCCUAAAAGUCCUUUUUAAUAUAACAUUUGACUCGAACAAAAGGGAGGUGGAUGAGGAAGAUGCUGUUUUAUAUCGUCGCCUGGUGGCAGUUUUACGUCACUGUUUAAUGAUUAAAGUGGAUGGAGAAGACAGAAAUGAAGAGUUUUGCAGCCACACUGUAAAUCUUCUGGGGAAUCUCCCACUGAUGUGCUUAGAUGUUCUUCUGUUUCCGAAGGUACAUUCUGGCUCAGUUGAGUACAUGGGGAUGAACAUGGAUGCUGUCUGUGUUCUACUUGACUUCAUGGAAAAGAGACUAGACAGGGGCCAUAAGAUGAAAGAAUCACUGACUCCAGUUCUGAAUCUGCUGACAGAGAGUGCCAGAGUUCACCGUGAAACAAGGAAGUUCCUGAAAUCUAAGGUGCUUCCACCUCUUCGAGAUGUGAAGACCCGACCCGAGGUGGGAAAUUCUCUCCGGAAUAAGCUGGUGAGGUUGAUGACACAUAUCGAUACUGAUGUCAAACACUGCGCUGCCGAGCUGCUUUUUGUACUUUGCAAAGAAAGUGUGUCCCGGUUUGUGAAGUACACAGGCUAUGGGAAUGCAGCAGGUCUGCUAGCUGCUAGAGGCCUCAUGGCAGGAGGAAGAGGAGAAGGGAAGUAUUCUGAGGAUGAAGAUACAGAUACAGAAGAGUACAGGGAAGCCAAACCAAACAUCAACCCAGUGACUGGUCGUGUAGAAGAAAAACUAGCUAAUCCUAUGGAGGGGAUGACAGAGGAACAAAAAGAAUAUGAAGCCAUGAAGUUAGUCAACAUGUUCGACAAACUUUCCAGAGACAAGGUGAUCCAGCCAAUGCGUGUACAGCCUGAUGGAAAGCUGGCACCACUCCAGCAGGUCAUGAACAGUUUGACUGAAGAUCACUCAUCAUCAAUGUCAGACUCUGACUCCAACUAGGCAAUGCAGCAGAUCACAAAGGAUCACUUUUUCCCCCGAAGGUCACGACUGUGCUGUUCCAGAUCUUAGCAGCAGAAGACAGGCAUCUGUUAACCUGGAAGUAAUACCUAAGUACAGCAGAGAAACAUGUACACAUUUGCAGCUCUGCACAUUCUAUGUAUGAAAUUCCUAUCUCUACAGUUCACUUGUUAUCAACUGGCAGUGUAUACAAGAUAACGAGUAAUAGUAGAAGUAGUAAUUGUAGUAGUAACAUUUGCUGUGAAAAACUUAGAUUCUCCUCAUCUGACAAAACUGCUUGGUAAGCCUGCAGGUGUGUGUGCAAUAUUGCUUACAAUCUGAAUUUGAAAAGAGAAUUUUCUGAUCACAGACUCUGAAUUUGUUAGACUGCUGCAGAACUUCUCUUAUUAUAGUGAACCUUUGUCACAACAGGGGAAUAUAUAGUCAGUCUUCAUUUUAGCAGACGCAACACCCUCAUGUAGCAGUAGCCAGUGUCUUCCUGACCAAACUUUUCUGAAUGCUGUAAAAUAGAUUUUGAACCUAGUACUCUGCAACUUAGUAGCCUCAGACAUAACUUCAGCAGGUGCGUGAAACUGAGAUUAGUGCUGUUACAUAGCAAAGUUAGUGCAGCCCCACAUAACAAUUACUGAUUUCUAAACAAUGGCAUCUCUGUACAGUAUCAUGUCAGACUACUCUGUCAUAAACCUGUCAUGCAACUUCA